CUAUGUGGCUUUUUUUCCGCUGGAGCCAGCCCAGUAGAUGCCGAGGAGGACUGACUGACGGACGGACGGGCACAUCGCACAAACCGCAAUUCUGCGCAGCUGUUUUGAUACCAAAACUCUCUAUAAAAAUUUAAAAAAAAAACCCGAGUCGUGUUUCGCCUCGCGCCGCCACCUUGGGAGAUGUCUCCAGGGGCGCAUGGAGUCCGCUUUGCAGGAAAAGUCGCUGUGAGCUUGCACCUUAGCUUAGCUUAGCCGCCGUGUGUGUGGAGUUGCAGCUCGGUACGAGCCGACGGAUGUUCGGAACAAAGAACGGACAGACGAACGGACAUUGGCAUUUUUUAAAAAAACAAUGGGCCUCAUAUUCGCUAAACUGUGGAGCUUCUUCUGUAAUCAAGAACACAAGGUGAUCAUCGUUGGCCUUGACAAUGCCGGCAAGACCACCAUCCUCUACCAGUUUUUGAUGAACGAGGUGGUCCACACGUCGCCCACCAUCGGCAGCAACGUGGAGGAGAUCGUGGUGAAGAACACACACUUCCUCAUGUGGGACAUUGGCGGACAGGAGUCCCUCAGGUCUUCUUGGAACACGUACUACUCCAACACCGAGUUUGUCAUCCUGGUGGUGGACAGCACCGAUCGAGAGCGUCUGGUCAUCACCAAAGAGGAACUCUACAGGAUGUUGGCCCACGAGGACCUGCGCAAAGCGGCCGUGCUGAUCUUCGCCAACAAGCAGGACAUGAAGGACUGCAUGUCGGCGGCUGAGAUCUCAAAGUAUAUGACGCUGAGUGCCAUUAAAGAUCACCCGUGGCACAUCCAGUCCUGCUGCGCUCUCACCGGGGAAGGCUUGUGUCAAGGUCUGGAGUGGAUGACGUCACGGGCUGGCCUCAGAUAGCAGAACCCCCCCACCCCAAUUUCUUUCAUGGACUUCCUUCGAAUUUUCCCCUACUUUUUCAUCUUUUUUUUUUUUGAACGGACGCGGCCCCUCCUUUUUGAGAUAUCUGGUUUGGGUAAUGGGUGGAAGGAUGACUUCAUGCGCGCACACACACACACACACACACACACACACACACACACACACACACACACACAUACACACACACUCUUUUGUCUCAAGUGUUUGUUCGACAUAAGCUAUGACAUGGUUGGUGGGUUUGGCUCCACAAGUAAAAAUGUGCUUGUUUUUAUUUUGAACUUUUUUUUUUCUCCUGAACAAACUGAAGCGGUUACCUUUUUUUAAUGACAGUAUUUUAAAUUCUACUAUUUAAUGUCAUUCUUUCUCAGCAUUUGAGUGGAGAAGACUUUUUUUUUUUUUUUUUGUCCAGAUAAAGGUGCUCAUGUGCGUCUGCGACUACGCAACGUACAUUUUUUGUUUUUUGUCGAAGGAAUUAACUAAGAUGGCGGUGCAGUAUUUGAGCCACGUGAGUCAACAAAAGUCCAUCUUUAACCUUGAGCGGCAUCUUGUCCGUUUGGUGAAGCCGAUGGGAUGGCAGAGAAAGGCUGUGGGGUUACUUGUGACAUGAUUAAAUAUUUUUCUGCUG